AUGACGGAACAGGUCUUCUUUCCCAUCGACGGUGCUGUGCCGGAGCCUUUGACUUUGUCGGCCCACGUGGCCCGUUUCGCGGGCUGGGAGCGAGACCGGGACCGGAAUCUCGACCUGGAUGCGCUGGAUUUCCCGCCUUUCCCUGAGCCGGUUCGCCUCCUGGAGCGAGAGCGCCCCCUCGAUUGGCACACGGUGUCCUCGGCAGUCUGCUGUUCCGUCAAGGCCGCCGCCAUGGCCAGGGCUUGGGCGAGGAGUAUGAUAUUCGUUUUUGAAACGUCGAGGCCUCCUUUGGGGCGCACGAUGAUCUUGAUUUGGUCCUUGGGUAAUUUCGGUAGCCUCGAGGCUGCUGUUACCUGCUUCAUGAACCUUUUGGCCGGCGAGCUGGCCGUGCGGCUGCCAGCCGGCAUAUUCUUGCUCCGUGUCUCCUUCACUGCGCCGGCGCUAGCCGCGCGUUCGCCCGUCGGGGCCCCCCCGCUUGCCUGCCGCUGCCGACACAACAUCUUUUGGCGACGAGGAUGGGAUUCCCGCAGCGGUUCCGACCGAAGCCCCGGGACACCAACGAGCUUCGCCCACCUCGAAGCGGCCGGCGGUGGCGACUGGACGGACGCGCGACGAGCGUCCGCGCUCGUCAGCGCUCUCGGGCGUGAGGGACAACGGAAGUACUUCGCAGACGAGGAGCAGGAAGCAGCAAGGCAGUUAACCGGCGCAGCGUCACCGUCAAGUGAAGCAGCAAGGCAGUCGACCGGCGCAGCGUCAACGUCAAGUGAUGCGGUCCCGCCAGCGUCAGAGUUUCCGAGACUCUUGGAGCGGCUUGACCGGCUGUUCGCCGCGUCAACAAAUGUCCUGGCGGAACGGCACGAAUUCACCAGUCGGAAGCAGUUCGACGGAGAAGGAUUCCUGGAAUUCGUGACCGCAUUGAAGGAGAAGGCGGUACAGUGCAACUUCGGCACAACCUAUGGCGAGCGCGUCCGAGACCAAAUCAUACAUGGGGUAGCGAACGUCAGCGUUCGCGAAAAGUUGCUGGCUCACGGCGAAACCCUGACCUUGGACAAGGCAGAGGAAAUUGGACGCUCGUUAGAAGCCCUACAUCGAGCGAACCGCGCGUUCGGCUCGGAGAAAAUACAAAGAAUUGAGGCAGCUCAACUUGGCGCUCCAUCGACGAGCCAAGAUGGCCGACGUAGUCCGGGAGGCCAUGACGAUGUGCAAGAAACAACGCAACUCACGCCGUUCGAGCUGGUUUACGGAAGGAAUCCGACGAUGACUCUCGACGCCGUGCUGUCGCACGACACAGACGAAGAGAACCUCGACGUCCCCGCCUAUCUGCAGCGCACCGAAGAAGCCUGA